GCUAUUGGAGAGUACGGGAAGACCCAGGUCAGGUGAUCAGUGGAGGAGGUCGGGAAUUUAUCGAGUCUUACACAGUUAAGAGGAGCUCUCCGAAUGUGGGAUUUUUUCAAAAUAAAUAUUGAUACAUUUUGGUCUCGGCGGCGGGGAGGAAAAUUCAGGACUAGUUUGUAGAGAACAGCUCCGUCUCACUUCAGCUGGAUGUUGGGUUGUUGCCGGUUACAUUGUGGACGUCUGCGGUGCGAGAGGACAGAGAAGGCUGAAAUUUCUAUCAGACAGUACGAGGCGCUUGGUAAAGGUGUGUGCACUUAAUUUCUCCCCGGGAAGAUCCUGACAUCGUGAUCUCGCCCGGUUUAGAGGGUUACCACCAGCCGUAGUGAUGGCGGAGUGUGGGAGGAAGGCACUGUCACUCCUUGAAGCGGCCCGCUCUCGCUACGAGAGUUUGCAGAUUUCGGAUGAUGUUUUCGGGGAGUCUGGUGACGACAGCAGCGAUAACCCCUUCUACAGCACGUCGGGUGACUCUAACUCGGACAACAACACCCCGGAAUGCUGUGGGGACGAGCGGAGGACAGGCGAGGUUUGUUGCAGUCAACCCGCCCCCCCCGGCUCCCCAAACACCCAGGCAGAGGAGGAGGGCUGGAGUGACGCAGUCCGAGACAUCACGAUCCCCUCCUACACGGAUACCUGUGGGCCCACACAGAAGAUGCCCCCCACAGCUUCGGUGGUCGACUUCUUCCAGCUGUUUGUGCCAGACAAUGUAAUCCAGAACAUGGUGACACAGACCAACAUGUAUGCCAAGAAGUUCCAAGAGCGGUUCGGGAGCGAGGAGGGUUGGCACAGCGUGACUGUGCCCGAGAUGAAGGCCUUCCUCGGCUUCAUCAUCUCCACCAGCGUGCACCGCUGCGAGUCGGUGCUCAGCAUCUGGAGCAGCGGCUUCUUCGCCAACAAAAGUAUCGCGCCCAAGAUGAGCCAGGCUCGCUUCGAGAAGAUCCUCAAGUACUUCCACGUGGUGGCCUUCCGCUCCAGCCACGGCAGCCAGGGCCUCUACAAGAUCCAGCCCUUCCUGGACUCCCUGCAGCAGUCUUUCAGCAGCACCUUCUGCCCUUCACAGACCCAGGUACUGCAUGAGCCCCUGAUCGACGAGGACCCUGUCUUUAUUGCCACGUGCACAGAGAGGGAGCUGCGCAAGAGGAAGAAGAGGAAAUUCAGCCUGUGGGUGCGCCAGUGCUCAUCCACUGGCUUCAUCUGUCAGAUCUAUGUCCACUUGAAGGAGGGUCCAGGUCCAGAUGGCCUGGAUACACUGAAAAACAAGCCACAGCUGCACAGCCUGGUGGCCAAGCAGCUGUGCCAGGACCUGUCGGGCCGCAACGCCAUCAUCUUCACUGGCCCCAGCAUCACCAGCCUUCACCUAUUCCAGGAGUUUGAGAAACAAGACAUCUACUGCUGUGGUCUUCUGAGCUCCAGGAAGAGCGACUGCACUGGCCUACCCCAGUCCAUGCUAGGCAACUCCGAGGUUCUUCAGCACAGGGGCCAGUCCAGGACAAAGAUGAAAGGCAACAUGUCUUUGAUUUGCUGGUACAACAAGGGCAACUUCCGCUUCCUUACCAAUGCCUUCUCGCCCAGCAAACAAGGAGUCAUCAUCAAAAGGAAAAGAGGAGAGAUCCCCUGCCCUCUGGCUGUGGAGGCCUUCGCAGCUCACCUGAGCUACAUCUGCAAGUACGAUGACAAGUACAGCAAGUAUUUCAUUUUCCACAAGCCUAACAAGACCUGGCAGCAGGUGUUCUGGCUGACCAUAAGCAUGGCCAUUAACAACGCAUAUAUCCUGUACAAGAUGUCCGAUGUCUACCACGUCAAGCGAUACAGUCGGGCGCAGUUUGGGGAGAGGCUGGUGAAAGAGUUGCUGGACGUGGAUGACUGCUCUCCCACCGCGUGAAGGAUCAGACAUGCGUCGGCUCACAAAAAAAAAGAAAAAAAUGAUAAAACACAGCACGCCCUUCUCUCACCCAAACGCUGACCACUCGCUCGGUCACGCACUCAUUUCACACGAUCACAUGAGCCGUCCCUCUGAGAACAGAACCUGCCUUUGCUGUCGUACAACAGAAACUUUAUCUGAGAACAAACCCCCUUCUGCUUGUGGAUGGUGGGUUUUUUCUCAAAUUUUCUGUGUGAGAAAAGAAGGUUCACACACUAUCACAGCAAGGCUGUUCCCUGAAAUUGCAGGUGCCUCUGAGGUGAAUCCAACAACACGUCCGUACAUACAUUACGUAAUGUCCUCAGAGAAACGUUGCUGCAUGUGUUUGAAUCACACACCCAUUAAAAUGAAUGGCGGUAUAUUUAAAUUAGUGUAAAGAACUGAAGCGUGACUUUUUCAUUUCCACAGAUCGAAGGAACGCAAUGCAGUGUCUGUUAGUGUGUCAUUGUCUGUCAAAUGAGAUUUGUGUGCAUACUCAAGUCAUGUCAAAUAUUGUCUGUAGUGUCAUUAGUAAUAGGAGACGGCUGAGGACUUGAGAAAACCUCUGCUAAUAUACAUGCAAGAGGACAUAUAGGCACUUGGGUGCAUCGUGUUUGAGGGAUGAGACUGGGUUAUGGAACAAACGCUUCACCUUCCAUAGAACCGACCUAAGAGCUGAUGUCCGGCAGAUGUCCAUCGUUAUCCUCAAGCUUGCAUGUGACCUGCUUCACCCCAGCUGUCCUGCACUGAAACCAGGUUUGGAAUGAUGGAAUGAAAAGGAUGUUGGGAGGGUUUGGAUGAAAACCAGUGGGUCUGAAUGAGGAGAACCUAAAAUGAAUGAAUGGAUUUCUUUUUGCUCGUCCUGUCAUUAUCAUGCAUGACGGCACGCUGCGUGGUGAGUGAUCGCUCUUCCCCCUGUCCUCAGUGCUGUUUUGCUGCACUUUAAACAGCUGGCUGGGAGAAAGCCUCUUGAGUUAAUUGAAUCAUUGGGCUUCUUCCCCCGACAGUGUUUGAGAUCACCCUCAUGGCUGUAGCUCUCGUUCCUGUCCCCUGAGGUCAAAUAUUCAUACGAUGCCAACAGAUCCAUUAAGCUCAAAAAGUACUUUAACCACUUCAGUAAUAUAUUGGGCAGUCGUGACAAUAAUUGGCUGAAUUAGAAGAUGGAAAGACUGAGGCAUUGUUUUCCGUGAAUGUAUAACGGCAUCAUUCAUAAGAAUGUAAACAAAUAUGUGUAAAUCCGCCCAAAGUUUUAGUUCUGGUCUCGGUCUUAGCCCUGAUGUUCCCAGCUAAAUGCACUUUGUUUUGAUGUAGAAUGAUCUAUCUCAGGAUACCCUGGUAAUUCUGUCUGUGGGGAGAGCCAGAGACAUGCAGGGAUUUGCUGUUAAUGCUUUACUCAAAACACAAUGGCUCGAUGCCAAACGCCCAAAAGUGAAUGCCUGCUCGGGACCAUAUUGACAGGCACACUGUUGCUAGGCAAAUUAAUCUUGUCACAAAUUCUGCACAGAGCCCGCUGCUCUCAAAGGCAAUACCUCUUAAUAGUGAGUAGUGGCUCUACUCUAAUGAGUUACAGCUUCCUGCAUGUCCAGGCUGCCAAAGUACCUCCAUCAGCAUUGUGGGCAACACCUUGAUUUGGAGACGGGUGAGUGAAAGUUAGUGGGCUGUAGGUGCAAAAGACAAAUCCCAUGUCAAAACCUUAAUGAUUUCUCUUUAGUCUAUUUGUAACAAUGGUACUUCAAUAUUGUUUUAUAAACAUUUUGGAAAUGUAAUUGAAAAUUGGAGUGAUGAUGGUGCUGCUUGUGAUUAUGGGUACCUGGAAAAUCUGGAUUCUGUAACAGAGCUAGCAUAAAACCUCUAACUAGGACAGAGUUGAAAAAAUUAUUCCUAUUGCACACCCACAUUCAUCACUGAGAUAGCCAUCCAGUUUAUCUGAUGCUGCAAUACAUGCAUAUAUGCUGUUGUCUCACAAAAUUACUUAACCCUUAUAUGUGCUACAAUGUAGGUACAUGCUGUAACUUCUAAUUCUCUGUCAUUGUUUGAUGUUUAUGUAAUGUGUGAUCACAUGAAAUAUUGUGGUUACGUGUGGUAGGGCUAGGGCAACUGUGGCAUGAGAAAAUGUGCAAUCCCAUAAUCCACACAGUCAUACUGCAUAGUUGUGGAUAUGUAAAUGCUGUUGUUACAUAUAGAAAUCGUAGGUGAAAUUGUUCUUGCAGUGCUAUGUAAUUUCCGGAUAAUUGCACAGAUUACCAUUAAGGGGCAUAACAAUAAUGUGAUUUAAAAGUGUUUAUUUGUUCUUUAUGAUUAACACAGGGCGAAAAUGUGACACACUAAUGCAAUAUAUAUGAACAUGUGGCACAUUAAAAUAUGUAAUACAUUUUGUAAGAUUUUAAUAUUUUGAAGCUUAAAUUCAAACUAUGGUUGUUUAAAAGUGUUUGGUUAGAUUACCAAACAUUUUUAAAUGAUCCAUGGUUGACACAUACAGUACAACUUAAAUAUUUCCUUCCUUAAAUUUUUUUUUUUUACAUAUUAAACUGUUCCAGUACACUUGAUAACGUAAAAUAAUCUCAAACACAGACAGAUUACUAAUUGUAAAUAUUUGUCAUAAAUAAUUAUACAGUAGGUGUUCUGUACAAACACCUUCAUGGGAAUACAUAUUAAUUUACCAGGAUUUCAUGUUGACUCACUCUAUAGUUAUAUCUCUGUAACUGUGUGUCUGAGACACUCAAUGAGCAUAGAUCUGUUUCCAAGAAUCUGUACUAAACAUCACAUCUGCCUGCCACUUUCAAGUACAGAACAUCUCAUUAAGUCGACUAUAAACAAACUUAUAGACUGCCAAGUCACUACAUGGCAGUCAGUGCACUUUAAAAAAACCCUGCCAUAUUUGCAUAUACUGAGUGGAUUGUUUGCAAAUACAUUUGAUGGAAAUUUCUUCUCUGGUUUCUGUGUUUGCUGUUCUUUGGUGUGUGGUCAUUUUAAGGCACUAUGAUUUCUAAAGAGCACUGUGAGCUUUAGGUUGCAAUGGUAGGCCAGCUCAUUGAACACUAACAAUCUUCAUUAUUUUCAGAAUAUUAAAGAAAGAAAAUACUCACAUAGCCUACUGAAUUGGCACUGUAUGUAUGCACUGGGGUGUAAAAUAUGUAUUUGUAUAUAAAUAUAUCUAUAUCACAGAUUUUUAAUUAAAAUGAAAUGUGUGUAUACACGUACACAAACCUGUGUUGUUGCUGAUGUUAGACACACGAUUGUAUUUGUUUUCUUUUCUCUUCACUUUGGAAAGUGUCAUCUGUGUGUGUGAUCUAAGUACAGUAUGUCAUUGUGUGUAUGCAUGUGUGAUCACAGCCAGUCUCAAGUUGACCAAAAUGUUUGGCUUCCUUGUUGUUGUCAAGGACGAUUCUCUGAAUGCCUGUUCACAGAAAUUGUCAUUCAUUUACCCCACGUGGAAAAAGCCAGAAAAAAGUCAAAGUUUACAGGAAGCCCCCUAAAACAUGCUAUUUGGCAUCAUCUGCCAUCAGGAUUAAGAUAUUUAUGGAUGUUUUCUAUGGGCAGUCAAAGGAUGGUGGCACUUGUUCAGCCAUUACAGCCGUAGUGGUAACACCACACACAGCUAAUUAACAACACAACUGAACAGAUCAUGUGCCGCACGCGCCAUUUCAAACCGAAGAUGUUCAAGAUGUUUUCCAAGGUAUUCAAGUUUAUUUCAUGAUUUUAAUGAACUUAAUGACAAAAUUAAUAAGAGCCAAAGGGUGUGUCAUUGCAGAGAAUAUUCAAUGUAUUAAUCAGUGACUGUGUAAUCCCUCUCUGUUUGCUGUUAAUGAAAUGUUGUUGACCGCAUCAAUGGAAUGCCUUGUACUGGAUGCAUGGUGGGACUCUGCUGAGUUCACUAUUGUCUGUCUCUUCUUGACUUACCAAUGGCGUGUUUGUAUGUGUUGUGUUUGAGAAAUUUACUGAGUGGUGCUGGAAAUAUUUUCAGACUCAAAAUUUCACCCAAGCGUGAUUUUAUUUACUGAUUUAAUUUAAACUCUCAGGUCAAGUUCUGUGAUGUCCUUUACUGUUGCUAGUAAUGAAGAAAUGCAUGCUUAUUACAACUCAAGCUCACUCAUAGUGACUACAGAGCAGAGUGGAAGUAAAUUGCUGUGUAGUCAACUGUUUAAAAGAUCAUUUCACAGCACCUGCUUCUUAUUUCCAUGUAAGUCAGAGUCAUAGUUUUUUAUGUUUACAUUGUAAACUAAUAUGUAUUGAAGUUGCAUUAAAAGCUGUUAUCAAAAAGGC